AUGAAUCAUUUUCAUCGUCAACGUCUUUGUGGUACUGGAAUCAUAGGAACUAAAACAAGAAACUUAGAGAUCUGCAACAUUUGUCUUUAUGUAUUUGGUUCGACCGAUGAGAUCAAAAUGAGGUUGGAAAAAGGACUUACGGUGGCGAGGGCACCAAAGAUGAAUCACGACGGUGGGCGGAUGCGAGACCGUAGAAGGAAUCAUCACAUUUACACGUUUAAUCGUGCGAAAAAGAGUACAUUUACACGCAUUUCCAAUAAGAACACCGUCAGUGAUGUCGCCCCAAGUUCGUCGUUUGCGCGUAUCAUUUCGUCGUUAUACGGUGAGUCCUUUCUAUCUGCCUAUAGGUUUUUGAUCAAGUUUAAAGGAGUGAAAUCCUUAUGUAUCGAACUUCUAUCUUCGGGUCUUCGUGCUGUCGAUAAUCGUUUGUUAAAGUGGAAGGUUAAGUUUGGUAACAGAAUCGAAUCGAUUAUAUUUCUGUUCCCGAAUUCAAUUUCUGAUAAGGAUGGUUUAUAUCUUAAUGGAAAUGGGGAUGAAGAUGAAAACAAAAGACGUCGCAUUCCGUAUCAGUGUCUGAAGGAUGUGACGGCUAGGCAUAUGAUGAUGUUGUACUUGGUUAAGGAUCUGCCAUUGUUAGAAGAGGUUUCUGUUACUGAUUCCAGGGGAAGAGGGAGGCUUUCUCUGAGUGGGAAAAAACUCAGUGAGGUGAAGGAAUGGGUACAUUCAACUUCGGAAACUGUGUUCAAUCGUGUAGAGGUUCCUGAUAUAGUAAAUAACUGUUAUAUUCCAGUUUUGAAAUUGCCAGUUUCAGGGUACGUGAUGAAGGGGAUAUAUUUUGGUGUAAUUGAGAUGAAUGGUUUCCAGGGUGGAAACGAUGGUCUUAUGAACAGUGAAGAUGGUUUUGAAGAUAAAGAAGAGGCUGCAUAUACUGAAGCUAUGAUGGAGAUUUUGGAAAAGCAUAAGGGCAUGAUGCAUAGGUUUAUGUAG